AUGAAGCUGAUUUUCGCCGCAUUUUUGGUGGCAUUUUGGGCGGUUCAAAGGUGAGUGAAAAAAAAGAAAUUAGGCGCGGGUGGGGGUCGAACCCGCGCCCUUCAAACGAUACGCAAGAGUGUCCGCCACUUGGCCACGCUCGCUGCUUUUUCGACAGGUGAAAAUGUUGGAUAUAAAAUGCGUGCUCUCUUUCAGAACCUCCGCAUCAGCCGGUCAAUGUCAGAACUUAUAUUGCCCCAAUUCAGUGUUCUCAAACUCCUCAAGUAUCGAUUGCAAUUCAUGCAACAAAUGCCUCGAUUCAAAAUCGCGAUUCUGUUUUACAAAAGAUCACAAAACUUGCCAAUGCGCGACACAAAUCGAUAAACGUUGCUCAUAUCAGAAAAAUGAGAGUGAUAAAAGCUUGAUCACUUCGAGUUUUUGUCAUUUGUUAGGUGAGUUUGGGGAGAGCGGAAGCUUCGAGCGCUUUGCGCGAGUGUGAACCGCAAGCUUCCGCGCAGCGGCACCGUCUUCCGCUUCAGCGGCCACGCGGUUUAUAGAGAGUUAGAGACGCAGAGAAAUCAGGCAACUAGAGAUGCAGAGACAUAUUUUCGACAAAGUUUACGAAAUUCGGGUUACUGUAGGGUCUCGCCACGAAAAUUUUCAAGUUUCUCCAAAAUACGUCAUGCCUAUACUCAAAAUGACACAAAUUUCACGGAAAAUCCAAAUUUCGAAUCGCCACGUCAUGUAGAUCGCUGCGAGACCCAAACUGUAGGAUACCGUAUGUAUUAGUUUCUCUGCGUCUCUAGCUUUCUGGCUUGUCUGUGUCUCUCAAUUUCACAUGAUCUCUACCUGUCAGAUUCUCUACAUCUCUAGCUGUCUGUUUCCUCUGCGUCCCUAGCUCGAGCGAAGCGAGUGUAAACCGCAAGCUUCCGCGAAGCGGCCAGUUUCUCUGCGUCUCUAACUCUCUAGCUCUAUAGCUGUCUACUUUCUAUGUGGAUCUGGCUGUCUAGUUUCUCUGCGUCCCUAACUCUCUAGCUGUCUGACAUCUCUGGCCCUCCAGCUGUCUAGCUGUCUGAUCUCUCUGCGUCUCUCAAUUCCCCAUGCUCUCUAAUCGAGCGCUUUGCGCGAGUGUAAACCGCAAGCUUCCGCGUUAGCGGCACUAUCUACCGCUUCAGCGGCCAACCUAGAGUCUCAAGUGUUUUCCGCAAGCUUCCGCUUCAUUUUUUUCAAAUACCCAUUUUCCAGAUGAUUUCGCCGUUCCCCCACCACUCAUCAAAUCCGACGAACACACCGUGACCGCAACAAUUCCCCGCUUCUUCCAAGAUCCACCGUAUGACACCAUCCGCGCCUCAUUUUUGUAUCUUUUGGCGAGUUUUUCGAUGGAAAAAGAUGGAAAAUGUGAAACGAUUGGACAUAUUGAGGGAUUUCAUAGGAAUUUUGCAAAAUGUUUGCUGAGAAUUCGACUUCAUAUGCCAAAAAUUGAUUAUAAUGGAAAAGAUGUGAGUUAGGAAGCGGAAAAUUGGGCCCUACAGUAGCCAAACUGCAAAAAAACUCGAAAAUUAGUAAAAUUUUGGUCCGAAUUCCAGAUACAGUAUCCAAACUGCAAAAUAAUCCUCUAAGUCUAGGUACAGUAUCCAAACUGCAAAUGAAAAUUUCCAGAACUUUACAGUACCCGGACUGCAAAAAACUUUUGAAUUUGCAGUUUGGAUACUGUACCUUAAUGGAUUUCAACACGAUAAUUAAAAUCUUCGCGAAGUUUUUUGCAGUUCGGAUUACUGUAGUCUCAGAAUUUCAAGUCAACAUAUUCUGAAGUACAGUACCCGGACUGCAAAAAUUGUUGAAAAAUUCAAGGUACCGUAAUUCGAACUGCAAAAAAUAGGUCUACAGUAGCUCUACAAUCUCAAAAUACAGUAUCCAAACUGCAAGAUAUUUAAAAAAUAUACAGUACUCUUCUAAACUGCAAAUGAAGACUUCUAAAAUUAGAAAUAUUUUGAAGUACAGUACUCCAAACUGCAAAAAUUUUUGAAAAAUUCAAGCUACCGUAUCCGAACUGCAAGAUUUUUGAGAGCAUUUUUCUGGAACAAAAUUAGGAAGUUUCGAAAUACAGUAAUCCGAACUGCAAGGUUUUUGAGAGAGCUUUCUAGAAACUACAGUAAUCCGAACUGCAAACAUUUUUGAAAAAUUAAAGGUACCGUAAUUCGAACUGCAAGGUUUUGAGAGAGCUUUCUAGAAACUACAGUAAUCCGAACUGCAAACAUUUUUGAAAAAUUAAAGGUACCGUAUCCGAACUGCAAGAAUUUUGCCUUUUUUUCUUUUUUCGAAAUACAGUAAUCCGAACUGCAAGGGGUUUGAGAGAGCUUUUUCAAAAAAUACAGUAAUCCGAACUGCAAAAUUUUUUGAAAAAUUCAAGAUACCGUAUCCGAACUGCAAGAAUUUUUGCUGCUUUCUUUUCUAGAACAAAAAUAGGCAUUUUCGAAAUACAGUACUCCAAACUGCAAGGUUUUUGAGAGAGCUUUCUAGACACUACAGUAAUCCGAACUGCAAACCCUGCUAAAAUACAGUAUCCUACAGUACCCCAAAACCUUUCCAGAACUACUACUACGACGACAAAUCCGACAUUGAAUCGCAAUUCUCUCGCCAAAUCUUCGGCACCACUCAAAACGUCACAUUUUGGACCGAAAUCACGUUGAACAAAGAGGAAAAGCUGCCAAAAGGCAGUGUCACAUUUUCAACUGUUCAAAAGAGCCCAGAUGCAUUUUAUGUGCUCUGA